CAAAUUCUAGGACCGCAGAGAUAAACCCAGCAAGGCUUCUUUAUAAUUUAAUAUCCAUUUUAUACACAAGGAAAGCAAACAUGGGCUGUGGAUGUUCAACAACAGCUCAGCUGCAGAAACAACCUGUCUUUGAAUCUAAGGAAGCUGCUCAAUGUGUUUACAGGAUCCCUGCUCUUCUGUAUGAGGAAAAAAGUAAAACUUUACUUGCCUUUGCAGAGCAGAGGAAGACUUCAGAUGAUGCCAGCGGAGAAAAGCUGGUUAUGAGAACAGGAAAGAUCAAGCAGAAAUGCUGUCAGAGGACGACUGAGUGGUUAGAACUCAAAGAGGUGGAAAAGGCACUUAUUGAUGGACACCGUCCAAUGAACCCCUGCCCGGUGUAUGACAAGGUCAACAAGAAACUUUUCCUGUUUUUCAUCUGUGUUGAAGACGGCAUCACUGAGCUUCACCAAAUAAAAAAAUGUGACAACCGGACCCGUCUCUGCUUCAUCACAAGUGAGGAUCUCGGAGAAACCUGGAGCGACGUGACCAAUUUGACGGACGAACUAAGUGAAAUAAAAAACUGGGCCACAUUUGCUGUUGGGCCAGGCCAUGGUAUUCAAACAGAGAGUGGUAGACUGAUUAUCCCAGUUUAUGCUUAUACUGCGAUCAAACCAAGUAAACCAUAUGCAAUCUCACUGUAUAGUGAUAGUCAUGGUGAAAACUGGAAAUUUGGGGAUUUCAUACGGAAAUUUAAUGAGGAAUCAGUGGUAUCAGUUGAGUGUGAAAUGGCUGAACUUUCCAAAGACCACAUCUACUGCAACGCCCGUAAUGUGGGCGGCCAUCGAGUGGAAGCAGUCAGUGAUGAUAAUGGACAUAGCUUUACCAUUCCUCAACCUGAAAACAAGCUUAUGGAAACAGGUUCAGGCUGUCACGGAAGCGUGAUCUCCUUCCCAGCUCAACAAGAAAGUGAAAACACAGAAAGUGACCCAAGCCAGAACCUUGAAAAGUGGCUGCUGUUCACGCACCCAACCAGUCCGAAACACAGGGUCAAGUUAGGUGUGUAUCUGAACAAAUCCCCACGUGAUCCAAAGGCAUGGAGCGAACCCUGCAUCAUUAAUGAGGGACCCAGAGGUUACUCAGACCUGGCUUACAUUGAUGAUGGCUGGUUUGCAUGUCUGUUUGAGUGUGGGCAGCAGGAAAUACAUGAGCAGAUAGCCUCUGUUGUCUUUAGCUAUAAAGACAUCACCAAGAAAUAAACUGAAGUAAAGAAAAGAAAAAUAUAAAAAGAAUAAUUUUUAUUCAGGUGUGUAGAUGAAAAGAUUCAUAUGUAUAUGUGCACGACUUAAAGCAGUAAGUGUUGCUUUGUAUGUAAAAAUCUUUAUUUGCUUGUUGCAUGAAAAAUGAAUAAGAAAACUGAGAAGCUUGUAGGAUUAACACUUUAAAAAAUACUUUAAUAAAUUGAAGGAAACAGAAAACAGUUUCUCCUGUUUUCAGUGAGUAUUAAACAUGGAUGCUCAAUUUAAAUAAAAGUUUCAAUCUAGUUAUUCACUCCUUGAAGAAAACAUACCUAAUGUUGCAAAUAUCAUAUUAAUGGUUGUGAAUGCAUUUGAUUUUAUUGCAGAAAAUA